AUGGUGAAGAAGAGCAAGAAGACUGCGGAAGGCAUGAACUCAAAACUUGCUUUGGUCAUGAAAAGUGGAAAAGCAGCUCUUGGAUAUAAAAGCGCCCUUAAAUCUCUGAGACAAGGCAAAUCAAAGCUGGUGCUAAUCUGCAACAAUUGUCCACCUCUGAGAAAGAGUGAAAUCGAAUACUAUGCCGUUAUAAUAAAUAAAAAAUGCCCAUUUUUAUAGUAAAUAUAAUCAAAAAGUCAUUCCACAUUAUAAACUUGUAUACUCUAUGCUUGGAAAAGUCGAAGUUUACCAUUAUACAGGAAAUAAUAACGAACUCGGAAGAGCUUGUGGGAAAAUGCACGCUGUUUCCACCUUGUCAGUCAUUGAAGCUGGAGAUUCAGACAUUCUUGGAGCCACUGCUUAA